AGUGAGAGAGUGGAGCUAUGGAGCUUGAUAGAGAUUGAGAGAGCAGGAAUAAGAGAGAGAGAGAGAGAGAGAGAGAGAGAGGAGAGAGAGAGAGAGAGAGUGAGAGAGAGGAGGCCAUUCCAAACUGGCCACACCCCCAGCCAAUCACAAAGAAGAAGAAGAAGAAGAAGAAGUGGAAAAUAGAGAUGAUCAAGAAGGAGAAAACCUUUCAGAGCAAGAAGAUAA